UACGAAAACCCUAGUUCUCUCUUUGCUUUAUCUUUCUGUUCAACUCAGCUCAUUCCCUCUCGCUCUCUCUCUCUGCCGGAAGAACGCUUAAGCUCACAGGUUCUCUGUGGCUUCACUUCUCUCUCUCUUAUAUCUGCGAUCGGAGCGAAACGUUUUUCCGUUGAAGCCAUGGCUCUAGUACUGCAUGCAGGAAAUAAGAACAAAAAUGCCUACAAGACUCUCAUUGCUGCAGAAUACACUGGUGUCCAGGUUGAACUUGCUCCAAAUUUUGAGAUGGGUGUCUCAAACAAAACCUCAGAAUUCCUCAAGAUGAACCCUAUUGGAAAGGUUCCUGUGCUGGAAACACCUGAUGGCACCGUUUUUGAGAGCAAUGCCAUCGCCCGAUAUGUCACACGCCUGAAGGCGGACAAUCCUCUCUAUGGUUCUAGUAUUAUUGAUUAUGCCCAUGUUGAGCAAUGGAUUGACUUUGCUUCAUUGGAGAUUGAUGCUAAUCUUAUAAGUUGGUUUAAGCCAAGAAUGGGACGUGUUGUAUACCUUCCUCCGGCUGAGGAAGCAGCAAUUGCUGCAUUAAAGAGGGCACUAGAUGCCUUGAAUUCACAUCUUGCAUCCAACACAUACCUUGUGGGGCAUUCUGUGACAUUAGCUGACAUUGUGAUGACAUGCAACUUGUUACUCGGGUUCAACCACCUCAUGACCAAGGCUUUUACUUCAGAGUUCCCUCAUGUUGAAAGAUACUUCUGGACCAUGGUUAAUCAACCAAAUUUUAAGAAGAUAAUUGGUGAGGCCAAGCAGGCUGAAUCCGUGAUGCCUGUUCAGUCUGCAAAGAAGCCUUCUCAGCCAAAGGAAUCGGCUAAGCCAAAGCCCAAGGAUGAACCAAAAAAAGAAGCUAAAAAGGAAGUCCAGAAGGAGCCAGCAAAGCCAGCUGAAGAAGAGGAAGAGGCACCAAAACCCAAACCCAAAAAUCCACUUGAUUUGCUUCCUCCAAGUAAAAUGAUUCUAGAUGAGUGGAAGAGGCUGUACUCAAAUACGAAGACCAAUUUCCGUGAGGUUGCAAUUAAAGGAUUCUGGGAGAUGUAUGAUCCCGAGGGAUACUCUCUAUGGUUCUGUGAUUACAAGUACAAUGAUGAGAAUACUGUAUCAUUUGUCACCUUAAACAAGGUUGGUGGGUUCCUUCAACGGAUGGAUUUGGCACGCAAGUAUGCUUUUGGGAAGAUGUUGGUGAUUGGUUCAGGACCCCCAUUCAAGGUAAAGGGCUUGUGGCUUUUCCGCGGUACAGAAAUUCCCAAGUUUGUCCUUGACGAGUGCUAUGACAUGGAGUUGUAUGAUUGGAGAAAGGUUGACAUCUCAGAUGAAGCUCAAAAAGAGCGUGUAAGUCAGAUGAUUGAGGAUGCAGAACCAUUUGAGGGAGAACCCCUCUUGGACGCCAAAUGCUUCAAGUGAAAAAGCAUCUCAAGUUAGAAGACCACACACUUGAGAGUGUUUUUUGUUCUUGUUUUAUGGGAGAGGUUUGUUUUGUCAUGUUUUGAGCAUACUGAAGUCUAGCCUUUUGUUACUUAGUGGCAACACUAGACUAAUUUAUAUUUCUUGAUAUGCUAUAUCUACAUUUGAGGAGAUAAUUCUCAGGGUAAGUUCAAAUCUUAAAAAUAUGUUAUAUAUAAUACAUCAUAUUAAAAUAUAGUGAAGUUUGACUAUGGCA